AUGAUGUUCGAUCAAAAGCCACCGACUGAUACCGGUGGACCAUCGUUCACAUUGCCAAACUAUGAAAGUAAGGUCGUCGCUCCGAGAAAUCCAACAUUAAAUCGUGGUCCGAAGAUCGAACCAAAAUUCACACCUUCGACAUUUUUAAAGGAAAUGUCACUAGACACUCAACAGAAACUAUUGAACACAAGAGAAAUGUACUUGCCGAAAAUUAUCGCUCUCUCAGAUAUGGCUGAAACAUCACUACAAACAACAACUAAAGUUGAUAUCGAUGAACCUCUCUUCCAACCAUAUCCGUCGGAUAUCACUUUUCAAAAAUACGAACCAUUCAAUACUUACGAAGUGCCUUUAUUACUUCGAAAUAACGAUAAAGUUGCACGAGCGGUUAAAGUCACACAAGUCGAUACGCCAUACUUUACAAUUGUACCACCACCAAAUGCGUUUCAGAAAGUAGCACCUGGCGUGGCACUUGUAUUUCGAAUACAAUUCAAACCGGAAGAACAACGAGAUUAUACGCAUGAAAUAUUAAUUGCAACUGAACGUGAAAAUUUCCUCAUACCGAUCCGAGCGAUUGGUGCUCGAGCUAUUCUAGAUUUUCCAGACGAUAUUACAUUUCCAACAACAGCUGUUAAAAGUACGAACAUGAGUAAAGUUUUAUUCGUUCGAAAUAUUGGCAAUCGUGAAGCUCGUUUCGUUUUACAAAUCAAUAAACCGUUUAUCGUUUCACCGGAGAAUGGUCUCCUACCUGUCGGAGAGAGUAUGCAAGUCACUGUUGAUUUUCAACCAACAGUGAAUGGCGAAAUGAAAGAUGAACUUGUCAUAUCAUAUGAUACUGGAGAAAAAGUGUAUGUGAAUGUUUAUGGUGUCUCUCAAGAUAUUAAUGUUCGAUUGGAGAAGAGUUCGAUUCAUUUUGAACAAACAUAUUUAGACAUGAUUAAUCAACGUACAGUAACAUUAGCAAAUCGUAGUAAUCAAUUAGUUCAUUUUCAAUGGAAACAAUUCGCCACAGAACGCGAAGAAGAACAACAGAAAUUACGACAACUUCAUGCUCUUUCCGAAGAGGAAAUCGAUGCCUUACAAAAGCUCAAUGUCAAUGCAAAUGAAUCACCAUCGGCUGGUCCAUUUGAUUUUGGUGUAUUAAUUCAACGUACAUUUGUCAAUCAUCGUCGUCAACUAAACUCGGAACCUUAUUUAUUUGCUCAUUCGAAUUAUCGUAUCGAUCCUGUCGAAGGUGAUAUUUGGCCAGGUGGUACACUCGAUAUUCAAGUUCUAUUCAAACCAAACGAAGCACGGUUAUACAAGCAAACAGCAUGGCUAGAUGUUGUCGGGCGCGAACAGCGUUUACCACUCGUUUUAUCAGGCGAAGGACAAGGUGCCAAAGUAGAAGCAUCAUUUUCUGUCUUGGAUGUCGGUUGUGUGUAUGUUGGCUCGACACAUCUCUAUGAAGUUGUUUUAGCAAACAAAGGUUUCAUUGAAGCACGUUAUCGUAUCCAAUCAAUUGAAUCUGGUUUCGGCUCGUGUUUUCUGUUCGAUCCAUCCGCUGGUGUGAUUCCAGUUGACAAUUAUCAAGCGAUACAAGUGACAUUUCACAGCGACCAGCUAGGUCAAUUUCAGCAAACAUUUCAUGUCGAUGUCGAAGGAAAUCCAAAUCCCGUGGAAAUCGUUUUCCAGGGACAAGUUAUCGGCCCAACAUUCUAUUUUGAUCAAGCGCUAUUGAAGUAUGGUCUCGUCUCUUACGGUUUCUUAACCACUAUACCAUGCCAAUUGUAUAAUACUUCACUUGUUCCAAUGCCAUUUCGAUUACACAUUGACCAGGAUAAACAUAAACGAAGCAAUCGUCAUUCAAUGAAUAGUGAUGAUGAUGCCAAUGACGAUCGAAUGAUUAAUACUGAAUUUCAAAUUCGACCCUCGCAUGGAACAAUUCCACCACAGAGUGACAUCACAGUUUAUGUUGACUUCGUACCAAAAGCUAUUCAAAAAUACGAUACGUUCCUGCAAGUAGAUAUCGAUGGGGUCGGAAAGAAUAUCUUCUCGUUACCGAUCACAGCAAAGAGUACUGUUCCACGCGUCACACUUCAUAAUGAAACAAUGGAUCUCGGUCGAACAUUUCUAAAUCAUCCAAACGAGCGUUAUGUUCGCUUACAAAAUUCUACCAGUCUUCCAGUGCGUUAUCAAUUUAUCUAUCCACAUUCGGGACGUUUACAAUUUGACUCCGUCGAACGUGAAGGUGUUGUCGAAGCAAACACUACGCGAGAUAUUCCUCUGACAGUCACUAUUAAACAACUGGGUGAUAUUACAGAAAAACUCGAAGUUCAUCGAGUUGGCGCGCGUGAUGCUCCAUUAGAAGUACAAAUUACAGCAACUGGCACAGGACCUGUUCUAUUUAUCGAUCCAAAUGAGAUACGAUUCGGUACUAUCAGUGUUCUUGAUGAACAUACGCAAAUACUUUCACUGUCCAAUGAAUCUCCAAUACCGGCUGUAUUUCAAUGCGAAUCCGACAAGAAGAAUUCCUGCUUUUCUUGCGUACCAAGUUCGAGCGUGGUCGAACCUCAUACAUCCAUGGAUAUUCGUGUUAUUGCCAAACUUAAUGAUCGUCUCAAAUUUAACGAAAAUCUGAUCAUCAAUGUCGAACAUAGUGUUCCGUGCACAAUACCAAUCACAGCCCAAGGCACAGGUGCAUUAAUUGUACCUGAUGUUCCAAUCUUUCCUUGUCUCAAUUUGGGUUCACGUUUUGUCGGAACAUCGAUUGUCCAACGCAUUCAUUUUACAAACAAAGGCCGUCGUCAACUAGCUGUUCAUUUCAUAUCUGCAAGUGAUACCAAAGCUGCCUACGGUAUCCAGAGGAAACCAAAAGCAAACAAUAAAGAGCCUGAAGUCGAUCCAUUAGCUGAUUUAACAUUUCGUCUCGAACCUGAACGUUUAGAAUUCGCACCGGGUGAAACACGUCUUUUAACAAUUACAGGUUUUGCCGCACAACCAAAAGUUGUCGAUGAAGCAUUUACAUGCUUAGCUAUUAUUGGUCGUUCAACUGGUCGCGAUAAAUUACUUUCCUUGAAAAUUCACUGUGACUUCGUCGAACCAUUGAUGUCAUUUUCGAGAACUGAUCUUUAUUUUCGUGCGGAAUACAAUGAACAACGACAACCGGAUACUGUGCGUGAACCGAUUCCCUCGGAAUUAACAUUUUCAAACAUAUCUGCCAUCGAUUUAACUGCACAUGUUCGUGUGAAAUAUCCAUUCUUGCUGAAAAAUGAUACCAAUGAUGAAUUCAAUUCCGUCAGUCGUUUAGAUAGCAUAGAUGAACCAAUACCGGACAUCCCGACGAACUUUACAUUAGGCAAGACAAUAAAAAUCUUAACGGGAAUGAGUUACUCCGAAGUAGUUUAUUUCGAUCCGAGCGCCGAUACAAAAGAAAUUUCCUGGAAACGCGAUGAACAAUUGGUAUUCAGCUACGAAGAACACGCCUUCCAUGAUACGAUUCAACUUCAUGGUGAAGUUCAUUAUCCAAAUCUGUCUAUUGAACAUACUGAUCUCGAUUUCGGAUGUAUUCUUAAUGGUUCAGAAGUAACACGAUUUAUCAACAUGGUCAAUGUUAGUCCAUUACCGGUCAAAUAUCUGUGGACAUUUGUUCUUGAUGAAAACGAACCAAACUUUGUUUUUGAACCUCAACCACGAACUAGUAUCUCGUAUCCACAGUCAGAUCAAAUGCAAAUUCAAAGUGGUCCAUGGUCGGAAAAUGCUGCUGAUCAACAAGACACACCACAUGAUAAUACAACUGUCACACCAAAAAUCGACGAAAUAUUCGAUAUUUCGCCAUUUUUCGGCAGUCUUCAGCCAGGAGAAAUCGAAAAAACCGCUGUUCGUUUCUACGGUCGUCCAGGUAUAACAGCGAACGUGAAAGCUAUCUGCCAGGUUGACAACGGUCCUAUCUACAAACUAUCACUUCAUGGUCAAGCAUCAUUCGUUGCAUAUCAUUUGAAUACGCACGAAAUCGAUUUUGGUGAUGUACAUUUCGAUAGAUCAACAAUGCGUACAUUAACAUUAACCAAUGAUGGUCAAGUACCGUUAGAUUUUCAAUUCUUAAAUUUAAAUAAUCUAAAUCCAACUGAUCAACAUGCACAUUUAUCCAUUGAACCAGAAUCUGGCCUUUGUCCAGCUUCGAAAUCGUUGGUUAUAACAAUUAAAUUCUUGCCGAACAUUCCUGAACAUUUUGAGAAAACAAUCUUCUUACAAAUUGCGCACUUUCGUCCGGAUGAGAUUCACUUAGUUGGCACAGGAAUGUUCUCUCGUUUAGAAAUUAAUUUACCACGUCACAUCACGGAGAAUUCUAUUGAAGAGAAAAUAUUCACUGAAAUCAAAGAUAAAACCGAUGAAACAAAUCGACAACAGCAACUCGAUACACUCGUCGUACAAAACUUCGUCGAAAAAUUCAACGAAGCAAUCCCUUCUCCACCCGGCGCAUCCCUUGAUCAACUCGCUGAUUCUCAAAUACAACAAUCUGUACGAUCAAGUAAUAUGUCCUUAUCAACAUCAACAUCGACAACAACAAAUGUAACGAAACGCACAUCAAGCACCAAGUCAAUGCCUGUCUUACCUGAUUAUAUCGUUGAUUUUGAAUACGUCAUUCUUGGAACCGUUCGACAACAAAAAAUUCAUAUGAAAAAUCCAACGUCGAAUAACAUUACCUUUCAAAUCGAACGAGGAACCUAUAGAAAUACAGGUUUUUCAUUUGAUUGCGAUCGUAUCAAGAACUUACCGCCUGGAGAGUCCAUUACCGUCACAGUCACAUUCGAUCCACGUGGUGCUAAUCUUGGUCUUGGACCUGUGGAAUGUCGAGUGCCAGUAGAAGUCACGUCGGGUCCAUCAUUCCAUUUACGUUUGAAAGCGAAUGUAACCAUGCCAGAUCUCAGUGCAUCGAACGAUAUGUUCGAUUUUAGUACAGUAAAAUGUGGCGAAUGUAAAAUAGCCACGAUACAAUUACAAAAUCCGAAAGAAAUCGCUUGCAGAUGGGUUGCUGCUUAUCCUGGCGAAGAUUCCUAUGGUAAACAAGUCGGUCGUUUUCCACGACGUGGAAAUAUCAGUAAUCGAAAGAAACCAUCAACUCGUAUUUUCGAAGUUUUACCACCAUCAGGAAUCAUACAAGCAGGUCAAAAAGCCAAUGUUCAAAUCAAAUUUACCCCAGUGGAAGAAACAACAUAUGAAUCACGUGUUCUCCUACGCAUCGAUCAAAGUAGUCAACGAUUAAUGAUAAUUUGUCGUGGGAUUGGUCUUGAACCACAAAUUAUUAUCGGACAAAUGCGCGGUACAACAUUUGAGCCGACGACAUCAAUUGUGUUCAAUCCUAUCCUAACACAUAGCAAUGGCGAUGAACAAGAAAUUGUCAUAAGAAAUCCAUGUACAUUUCCAGUCGAAAUUUAUAAUCUAGAAUUCGAUAAACAAUUUCUCGAAGAAGAAAAAGUACUACGUCUUUUGCCUGGUUAUGAUGAAAAUAAUAACAUUCUCUUACCGACACGAGCUGCAGGAGAAAAAUUACCACCGGAAAUACAACAGUUUUAUGACAAAGUGGUAAAACAAGCCGAGGAAGAAAAACAAGGAAAUCUUACGAAAAGAACAGAGGAUGGAUCAUUGGUUCCUCCUGAUGGUGUUGAAUCGAAUGUAGCUGAAACCAGUUCUGUUUCACAUCAGCCGACAACCACAACAUCGAUUACUGCUGAACGAAAUACGAACGGAAGAGCGAGUUUGAAUCUAAGUAUCGAUCCUACCGACGUAUCAUUUGUCGAUAAGAGUGAAGUGACAUUGAAACGCAUCGCAGAAAAACUCAUCGAUUAUGAUAUGACGCCUGUUGCUGAAGCCUUGGCACGUCAUUUAGGUAUCGAUUUAACCAAUGAUGGCAUACAAGCACGCAAUCGACGUGGAAUUGCAAUCAUAGUACACGGGCCACCUGGUUCAGGAAAAACAAUGAUUUCUCGCGAACUUAGUCAACGUUAUGAUUGUGCCCUGAUAAAUCUUGAUCAAGUGAUAAUCGAAGCAAUUGAUAGUUCGAAUCGUAGUGAACAAGCGCAACGCGCUUAUCAAUCAUGUCGUGAAGCUUUCGAGAAACACAUCGAAGAUCAACAACGACAAGCAGAGCUGGAUGCUGAUCAUCCUGCACCUGUUCCCAUAGGCAAAAAUCGUCGACGUUCUUCCAUUCUACCGAUAAUUACAUCGCCUACUAAUAGCAAUGCGUCGCCAAGAAUUACACAUACGAAAAAGCCAACUGAUAAGAAGAAGAAAGGCUCCGAAGUAGCUGAUUCAAAUGCUCAAAUUGCAACUCUCGAACCGCAACCAUUAGUUGCUCCUCCACAAAUCAAAUUCAAAGUACAUAAACAUCUCUCAUCUGCAGCUCAGCAAGAAUUAAUGCAAACACACAAGAGUUCGGAUGAUGCUACAUCUAUUCUCGAAGAUGAUCAAGAAGAAUUGAUGUCAUUCGUAUUAACAGAAGAUGUUUUCGUAGAAAUUCUUGCCGCACGACUUCAGAGACUAGACUGUCUUCAUGGUGUCGUCUUCGAUAGUCUCGAUACAUCAUUUCUUGCCAAUGCAUCACAAACCGCAAUUGCUGUUUUGAAAGCAAUCAACAAUCGUUCUUAUAUCUAUGCUAUAGUCACAAAUUUCUCCUAUGCUAAAUAUAAAGAAGCUCAAGCUAAAGCGGACGAAAUACGCCGAUCGGAAGAACGUUUGCGAGAACAAGCUGAAAAAGAAUAUGUCGAAGAGAUGGGUGAAGACGAAUAUGAUGGUUUACCUGAAGAAGAAAAACAACGUAUUGAUCAACGAAGAUUACAACAAAAGAAAGAUCGUAUUCAACGAGAACAACGACUCAAAGAAGAAAAAGCGCGAUUAGAACAAGAACGUUUAGCAUCGAAAGAAGUCGAACCGAAAAAGACGAAAAAAGGCGGAUCAAGUCAGCCGUUGAUGGGUAAAGGCACUUCGACAUUAGGUGGAGACAAAAAUCUUGCUGCUUCAUCAACUGCUGUUGCUGGUGGCAAAGGUGGAUCUCGAGUGACAUUGAUUAGCGCACGUGGUCCAGCUGGUUCUGAUCGAUCAAACAUGAAACUGGAUGGUUCAAGUGCAGAAGAUCUUGAAAAGAAGAAAGCUUCGAAAAGUGAACUGAAAUCUCUUCGAGAUCUUUCUAUUAAAGAAGAAGGUGAAGGUUCGGGUAGUUUAAUUAAAGGAUCAACUACAAGUGAUCUUGAAGAUGAAAAAGAAAAAAAGAAAGAUCGUGAAUUACUGACGAAAUUCAAAACGUUUGAAUUUUAUCGUAACGAUGUACUCAAUGUUUUCGAACUUUGGGAUCGAACAAAAGGCGUGACACGAAAUCCGCCAACACCAGUCAAUCAAGGUGAAGACGAGCAUGGCUCUGGUGCUCUUGCAGCUGGCGGAAAGAAAGUUGCACAGAAGAAAGACAAAGGAAAGAAAGCCGAUACAAAAGAUAAAGAAAAAGUCGAAAAACUAGAUGAGAACGGUCCAACAAGUACUCCUGUUCAACAUCUAUCGAGUACAACGCCGAUCAAUGUUGAUGAACCUACACAAGCGACAAAAGAUGAGACAAAGAAACACUCAUCAGCCGGAUCUGAAGACACGUUGAAUAUUCCCACAAUUCAAAUUGAUACACCAUCAAAUUAUAAUUCCAAUCAGCCAUUACCGGCAAAUUUAAUGGAGACAAUUAAAAGUCACUUACCAACUUCCGAUGAGGUGCUCGAUGGCAUGGGUCAAGGCCCUCGUGGUCCACCGGUUCCCAAAGCAUUUGAAUUUGCUGUCGUUCCAUUUCCUGAUCCACGUGUUAAUCCACCUUGUGCUGAAUAUGGUCAAUACUUUUUUGUCGCUACAAGUGAAAACGACCCAAAUCUAUUUCCUGAAGACGCUAAAAAGGACAAUAAGACACCGGAGCCACCUACCAACGGCGACGACGGUGACGGAAAAGAUACGGGAAAUAAAGGUCGCCGUAGCCGUGCGGAACGAGAUUCGAUUUCAACGAAACGAAAGACAAGUGGUGGUCCGGGUGGCAGUACCGAAGGAAAAUCAUCUACACGGGGCACCGGUAAAGCUGGUCGACAUGGAGGAAAACAAUCUCCAACACGCCAUUCCGAUGGGACCGACACUACAGGCGACUCAGGCAGUGAAAAAAUUCUACCAAAGAUCAUUCGUUUUCGUUGGGUUAUUCCUGCAAAAGACGAAGUUCGUGUUCGUCUUCGUUUUGUUUCAAAUGAAGUCGGCCAAUUCGAUCAAACCAUUUCCUUUGAACUUCUUGGUACUAAAAGAAACUACAAGGUUUUCUGUCGAGGUGUAUGCACUUUUCCAACCAUUAGUCGUGAACCUCGAACUAUCUUUCCAAAUCGACAAAAAGCACGUAAACCAAAUGAAAUCGUUCAUAAGAAAUUCAUCCUCGCUACUGAACAAUAUGAUUUCGGUCCGUUGGUACUUGGCAAAGACAUAAAUAAAAUUCGCGCUGGAGUUUACCCAAGUAAUCUUGAGACAUUAACUAUUGAUAAUACAUCACCCAUGGACGUCGAAGCACUAUUUUGUUUCUUGAAUGAUGUCGAUCCAGCGAAAGCUAUUUUCUUUCUUGAUCCUACAGAAAUGCAUUUGAAACCCGGAGAGUCCAAACCUUUGAAAAUCAUGGCAAAUCCACAAAAAGAAGGUCAUUUCGAGGAAUCGCUCGUUUGCUGUAUUAAAGAGAAUCCUGAACCAAUUGUCUACAAAUUAUGUUGCGAUGGCUGUACGCCUGAAUUGCAAAUAGAACCAACAUCAUUUGAUUUCGGUCAAGUAUUACUCUACCGCAAAGAAUCACGAACAAUUCGAUUGAAAAAUACAAAGCGAAUUCCUGUUCGAUGGCGAUUAACCGGCAUUGGCCAAGAUGGUAUCGGUCAAGAAUUUUCAACGAAAACUGAUACAGGAAUUGUCGAACCAUUGAGUACCUAUGAACUACAACUGAAUUAUUAUGCCAGUCGACCACGUUCACCAGCAUCGCAAAAGAAUAAACUGUCUCUUAAACUCGAAAUUUCUGAUACUGAAGGUAUGCCAGGUGCAAUAAAAACUGUGAAUGUUCCUGUUACUGUCGAUCCGUAUGAUAUCGUUUUGGAUAUGACAUUCCAGAAAGGUAAUGAUCGUGGUAUCGAUUUUGGCAACGUGCGUGUUAACCAAGAAGCCAAACAAACAUGUACUUUGAAGAACAAAGGCAAACGUGAAAUUCGAUAUAAAUUCGAAUUGAUACCAGAUCCAAAAUCCAAGAUUAACGCAAGCAAAUUCUUUGAAAUCGUUCCUAAACAAGGAAGCUUAACUGCAGGCGGAGACCGUAACGCACCAGCUACAAAUGUUGCAAUCACAUUCAAACCCACAGCUGAAGUGCAUCUUAAAGAAGCCGAAAUUAUUGUUGUUAGUGUUAUCAACGUCACAUCACCAGGCAAAGGAGCCGAUAGCACUACUCAUGUCACAUCACACGGUACAGGGAAAGGUAAUGCAGAAGCAGCAUUAGGUCGAAAUGCGGUGGCCACUCAACAACAAGCCGCAGCUCCACCAGUCGAAGAAGAAGUUGCACGUAUUCGAUUGAAAAUCUCGGCAAAAGCAACUUAUAGCAAAUUUACGAUUACACCGGAAAGAGAAGUCAAUUUUGGUCCAAUGCCGAUCGGUUGCCCUCGCCGUGUCGAAAAAUUCCUUAUUGAAAAUCAUGGCGAGCAUGACUUCAAAUUUAUCAUUACCAAAUUCCAACGUGAUUCUUCGCCGCAAAAACUAAACAUGAAAGAUGCGCCGACGCAGGGACGUCUACAAGUGGGUCCAUUCCUUAUUUCACCAGCAUUUGCAAUGAUCAUACCGGGUGGAAGUUCAACUGUAUCAGUCGAAUGUAUCUCAGAAUCGGAUUCACCAAAGAAAUUUGAAGAAGAAGUUUUAAUUGAUAUUGCCGAUCGAAAUCCAAUCGAAUAUCCGAAAGGAAUUAUUUAUAAGCUCAAGAGUGAACUCAUCGUUCCACAAAUCGACACCAGUGACAUUGCAUCAAUCUUUGAAGAACAUCGUGUUGUUCGAAACUUAUCGUCAUUUAAAAAUAUUGCCGAUUCCGUUACUGGUGGUGUAUACGGUGAAGAAGACCGCCGUUUUCAAUUUCGAAAUGUUAUCGUUGGCCGAACAUCGAAAGCGCGAUUCAAGAUCAGCAAUUCACAAAAGGUGCCAGUUGAUAUCAAUCUUGCUCUUCGUUCAAUCAAUAAAAGUCAUAAAGUUGUCGAAGCGUUCGAACUCGAUGCUCAUCGAGCACAAAUACCUCCGUACAGUAAUCACUAUGCUGUUGUAUCAUUUACUCCAACAGCUAUGCAAUCGUACGCCGCCGUUUUCGACGUCACUGUUGAUGGUCAAUCGAAACUCAAUCGAGAAUCACGUAAUACGCCACAUUUUUCGUGUGAACUUCAUGGUGAAGGUCAUCUGCCGCGUGUAACUAUCUUACGACCAGCUAUUCGAAAUAAAAAAGCACAAACAAUGAUGAUCUUCAAUAAACUAUUACUCGGCCGACAAGCAACUCAACAACUUCUUUUAGUAAACGAAGGUGUUCUACCAGCGAAAGUGGACUUCUAUCUUCAUGAUGUUGAAAAUGUGUAUUCACUACAGCCAUCUGCGGAUAAUCCUCAUCCAGAAAAUCUUGUUAUUAAUGAUAUGACACGUAAAGCAACCGCAGCAUCAGCAAUAUUUGAAGUUGGCCAAAAGAUUGCCCUAGAUAUUCUAUUCAAACCAAAACCAAACCAAGGCUCACAACGAUAUGAAGGUGUUCUUCGACUUGUUGUUGUUGAUAAUCAGUAUGAAGAUACAAGUGUUCAAUUAAUUGGAGAAAGUUACACCGAUGAUAUAACAUUGGAUAACAUUCAUGGCUUAGUGAUGAGUGAUGAACCAUUACCGAUACAAAAUGCAUCCGCGCAACAGCAACAACAGACUAUUGUUGAUGAUGAUGCACCAGUUUCCCUUUCCAAUACAAUUAAUUUUGGUGAAAUUCAUCUGAACGAAUCUCGACAAAUUCUCUUUUCUAUAACAAAUCAUCACACGAAAGAUUCGGUUCGUUUCGAGUGGCCCGAACAUCCUCAAUGUACAUUUUCACCACGCGUUGGUCAUUUACAUGCCGGUUGUACGAAAGACAUUCAAGUAACAUUCAAAACGAAUAAACCAAUUCAACUGACCAAGGAGAAACUUCUUUGCACAAUAACAAAAAUCAGUUUUGAUCGUCCAACUAAUGAAAUACCUGACUGGGACGAUCGAAUGCGCUCGAUUAAAUGGGUUGAUGUUCCACAACAACCAAACGAUCCAGCAAACCCUGAACAACAACAACGUACAAAUCGUCCGGCAAGAAAGAAAGUGAUCGAAGCAGAUGCUGAACCAGCACAUCAACGUAUUGAAGAACAAGCUCGGCAAUUAGAUAUCUAUAUAUCUGCUGUGUCUGAUUAUUGUCGAUAUAAAUGUAGCGAUUUUGAAAUACGAUUUUUAGAAACAGCAAUGUUACAAACACGUAUUCAAGAAGUAACAGUUACCAAUCGUGGAAAAGUUGCAUUCAACUACGCGUGGCAAGUUCAUAUGGAAGACAAUCUUCGACCGUUUACUCCAAUGAUCGAUCGGGAUCCGCCAACGCCUGAACCCAUAGAAAGUACGCGAAAAGGACAAAAAGGCGGUACUCGAACACCGGCAACAGCUGCCCCCACACCAGAUGCAUCCAAUGCACAAGAUUCACCAACAACUGCACCUGCUGCACGCGGCAAAGAUAAAUCAAGCAAAGAAACGGGUAAAUCAACAGGUAAAGAUGGCCAGAGCGGAAGUCGUGUGAAGGGUGCUCGAUCAUCAGUUAAAUCCAAUGCACCCACCGACAGUGUCGCAGAAGAGAAAGAAACUGACAAUGAACAGACACUUGUCAAUGACGGUACCAUUCUUAUGGAGUUAUCUCAACUUGAUUCCGACUCGAAUCUUCACGCACCAGCCACUCCAAUGGCUGAUAUCGGUUAUAUUCCAUUCAUGGUCGAACCUGACACGGGUUCACUUGCAGUGGGUGCUAGUCAAAUCUUUAAAGUGAAAUUCGCACCACUCGACAUCAAUGAUUAUCAAGCACGAUUAGUUUGUUGUAUACCAAAUUUAGAAACGGGCAAACCAGGUCCGGUCGUUGCCGUUCGUGGACGCAGUCUUUUACCAUUCUGUCAUUUUGAACUGGAGGAAUCCGAUUAUUUAACUGCUGGACGACGACGUGUUGAUCUUUUAGUUCAUAACAGUGCGACACAUGCACCAGCACCAUUCGUUGAUCGUCAAACACGUGUGAUCGAAUUCAAAGCUGUGGGCACGGGAUCUCCAUUAAAUCGCUCAUUCUCUGUGCUCAAUCCCACUGAUCAUGAUUAUACUUAUCGAUGGAUUUGUGAAGAUAAUCUUGACCUAACAAAACAACCGUCAUUCGUUUGUCGUACUAUUCAAGGCAAGAUUACGUCGGGAAAAGGAGCCAUCAUGUCCUUUGAUUUCUUUCCUCGUUCAUUUGGCAUCGUAGAAUCAAUGUAUCGUUUUGAGAUACCGUCACAUUCGCUAUCUGUUCCAUUUCUUCUCGUUGGUCAAAUUACAGAACCACAGAUCUUAUUCGAUCGAACAUUUCUUUCUUUUCAUCCUGUUUUAAUUGGUCAUUAUGCAGAAGAGUCUAUUACUUUAAUUAACAAAGAAGAUCGUCCAUUUCACUAUCAAUUUCUCGAACGUUCAUUCAUCAAUGGCACAACAAACAAUGAUAUUGCUAUUGAGCCAUCCCCAACAGGCACAAUCUUAGCUAAUUCACGUUUACCAUUACGCGUUGUCUUUCGUCCAACGCAAAAUCGAGCAUAUACAUAUGUCCUUCAAUGUCGUAUGGGUGAAACAAUCGAAUCAUUGAAUUUGAAUAUUCGUGGCGAAGGGUUUGCCAAUCUAUCCUGUGUUCAAAAUGAAGGUAUCGAUGGUAAACGAUACGACUUGACAACUGUACAGACCGGUACCAAUGAAAUACGAUUCGAUGAUGUUCUUAUCGGCAAUUCUACAUCUCGACAAAUCGAAAUAUCCAAUGAUGGCAAAUAUGCAUUCGAUUACAAUUGGUCAUCCGAUCAAAACCAAGACUUAGGACCAUUUACGAUCUCGCCAAUGAAAGGUACAGUGACCAAUAGUCAAAAACAAACAUGUGUCAUCACAUUCGAGCCACGUACACGCGAACAUCGAUCGCUAAUUCAACGUCUAGUUCAUUUAAGCAUUCUCAAUGGUUUGAAAUAUGAUUUACUAUUAAUUGGACAGACAACAACGCCAAAUAUAAACUUUUCAUUCUUAUCACACAACUUCGGCCCAUGCUUUGUCUAUCGCGCUGGCAUGCCUGAGAAUACUUGUCAAUUAACUAUUACAAAUCAAGACACCAAAGAUCAUACAGUCGAAUGUUUAUAUCAGUCAAGCGCACAGUUGAUGGUCGACUUUAAGGGAGGUUUAAUUGCUUCAAAACAGAGUGCAGUUUGCAAAUUUACAUUCUAUCCACGAGAACAGAAGACAUAUCGUGAAAAUGUUCAAUUGGAAAUCGAUGGCUUGACAAUCGUUACGAUUGUUAUUGAAGGUGAAGGAGUCGAUUUCCGAGUUGAAUUAGCCGAACCAAAAAAUAAGAUCGUCAAUUUGGGUGCUCUACAAGCAGGAAAAAGUGUAACACGUGAAGUGUGUCUCGUGAAUCGAAGUCGUGCGCCUGUUUCUAACUGUCAUGUUGCAUUAAUGUCUUCGGAUAGUGGUGCUCCACGUGACAUGCUCAGUAUUCAACCUACCACCCCAAUAUCACUGAAAGCUCGAGGUGGAACAGCAACAGUUACAAUCAAAUAUACACCUCGUUCACGUUUGCCACCAUUCGUCGAACAAAUCUUAUUGAAGUAUGGCGAUCUAGAUGUACCAAUGUUUGCUGUUCGCGGUUGCUGUCAAGGUUAUGAUAUUGGUCUCGAUACAGAUGCAUUACCCUUUGGUGCUGUAGGAAAAGAUUGCUCGCUAACACGCAAACUAAUUCUAUCGAAUCGUGGUGAUAUCGGCGCAGCAUUUUCAUGGAAUAAUACACAACUACGCGACUCACCGUUUAGUGUUGCGCCAACGAAUGGUUAUGUUGCACCAGGACAAGAAGCGACAAUUGAAUUCGUUUUUCAGCCACACACCAUUCGACAUGAUAUUCGUUGUGAGAAACUAGAAUGUCGAAUUGAAGGAACUAAAUCAGUUCAUGUGACACUGAGUGGUUCAUGCAUUGAAGUGGCGCCUGCGCGAGAAACAGUUAAUAUUUCAACUGCCGUACGAUCUAAAGAAUCGAAGUCGAUUAAUUUGAAAAACAACACAAACACAUUAUGGACACUGACGCCUGUGAUUAGCGGAGAAUAUUUCACUGGUACUGAUACAGUCAUUAUCGAACCGAACUCAACAAAAAAUUAUGAACUAACAUACUUACCACUAACCGAAGGUAAACAUACCGGUACACUAUUUUUUCCUUUACCGGAUGGAAAUGGGCUUCUUUAUAAUGUUGCUGGUAGUGCUGAUUCGCCACGACCAGCGGGUAAAUUCUCUCGUGAAGUACCAUGCAAAACUCCCUAUGUGGAAUUAUUGUCUGUUGAAAAUUGGUUGAAGAAACCACAACGUUUUCGUGUUACACAUGAAGUAAUCAAACAAGACCGUCCCGAAGUAGCGACAACAAUCAAAUAUCUCGAAUUUAUCGAUGUUGCACCAAAAUCGAAACGAGAUUUCAAAUUGAAUUUCUAUUCGUACAAAGAAUGUGUACAACAAAUCAAACUAAUCUUCAAAAAUGAGCAAACACAGGAGUAUCUUUGGUACGACAUUACAUUCAAAUCUGUUAUGGACAAACGUAAUGCACCAACAACCGGCAAUAUUGAAUUAACCACACACGUACGUCAACAAGCAACGCACGAUAUCGUACUCGAAAAUCCUCUACCGCACAAAGUUACGUUUCAAGGUCAAUGUACACAUUCAGAUAUACUUCUCCCUCCUGAACAUAUAUCAGUUCCUGCCAAUUCACAGGGUACAUACAAUAUUACUUAUAUGCCAUUGAAAGCAGGCAAAAUUGAAACACGUCUUGAAAUACAUUCAACUGAACUUGGUUUAUACACGUAUAUGUUAUCAUUAAAUGCGCUUCCCGCACGUCCUGAACGCACCAUUUACUUCAAAGCACCAUUGGGUGGUUCCCAAGUGGUCUCGGCGAAAUUCACGAGUUAUGCACGAACAAAAACCGAUUAUGUUUGUAAAAUUGAUCAUCCUGAUUUUAUGGUCGAUCGAACUGUUACUGCUGCACCAAGUUCAUCUCCGUCGACAAUGGAAGUUGGCGUCGAUGUGACAUACGAGCCAUCUCAACUAGGCGAUGUUCGCGCGACACUAACAAUCAGUUCAUCGUCCGGUAGUGAUUAUAUCUUUCCACUCGUAGGUCUCGGCGAAUUACCCAAGCCACAAGGUCCAUUUACAAUCAAAUCAGGCGGUAAUACAACAAUAACAUUCAAAAAUGUAUUCGCUCAAGCACUACAAUACACAUUCAGUGUUGAUAAUCCGUUAUUUCACGUUAGCAAAACUCAAGAACUGAUUCAAGCAAGAAAAUCCCAUCGAAUCGUAGUUUCAUUCGAUGGUUCAGACACAAGUAAUAAAGCUGACGUGAUGGCAAAACUAAUCGUUUCAUGCCCGAAAACUACCGGCGCACCAAAUGCAUCAUCGUCAAGUGUACAAUGGAUCUACUAUCUCAAGGGUAUCACACCAUCAUAA